CGGUUGUUUAGUUUUGAGUUGCGCUUUAUUCAUUCGUAUGGCGUUGUGCUUUUACUAGGAUUUGGACCUUUUGGGAACUGCAAGGUUAAUGCCAGCUGGGAAGUAGUGAAGGUAUAGCUGCGUUGCGGGAUGUGCAGGCGAAGUCUGAGAUACGAAUUGGCAACUGAAUUGAUGGAUGCUAGACUUAAUUAAUGCAUUGCAGAAUUCACAAGAAGGUUUUAGCAGAGGAGGGUCUUGGGGAGGAUCAUUCUUUGGAAAUAGAUGAAAUUCCUGUAGUCUAUGAAGCUGUUCAAGAUCGAGCUCCUCUGCUGUGGAGUGAAAAAAAACCCGAUUUGACUGUUCACGUGGGAGUGUCACCAUAUGAUAGUGUGACGUUUGAGCAAUAUGGGCGAAAUUUUGGUUACAGCAAACCAGACAUACUGGGAAGAUUUCCAAAUAUGGAAUGUUGUGUUCCUGAUGGACCAGACUGUAUUAGAUCUAGGCUGGAUAUGGAUCUUGUACAAUUGAACAUAAAAGCCAGAGGAAUUUCAGUUGAAACUUGCAUUUCAGAUGAUGCAGGAAGGUAUCUGUGUGAUUUUCUCUACUUCCUCUCACUGUCGCUUGGUCAAGGCCCUGUUGCUUUUGUUCACAUUCCUUCUCUAGAUAAAGAGUACUCUUGUAUGGAGCUUGCCAAAGCACUUCGUCUCAUAAUAUUGGCAAUGAUUGAUCAGCUGGUUGAGAAAGCAACAGUCUAGAACUUAAUUUUACCAAUUAAAAUCUUUUAGUAUGGGUUUGUCAUUAUGUUGGCUAUAAUAGUUAUUACCAAUGUAUAGUCAAUUGAAUAAAAUAACUGUUUAAUUAAUUUCUAUUCAAAUUACACACCCAGA